ACAACGCACCUAUCGUCGUACUCAUAACUACUCGAAAGAAAAACAUCCUCAGUCAGCAUCAUGAGCGUUGAACCCACUCCCGCCAUCGCCAACCCAUCUGCCCAGCUCCAGGUCGUCUUGAAGUGGGUGGGGGGCAUGGCUAAGGCUGACUUCGCCACACUUGAGAGUGUCAUUUCAGACGACUUUAUCCAGGAAGCGUACCCCGUGAAUCUCGGAAUUCCCACGUUGACUAGUAAGUCCGCGUUCAUCGACCACCUCAAGCAAAUCCUUCCUGUGUUCUCGAACUUCAAGGCCAAAAUCAACGAAGUCAUUGAUGCACCCGGAAAAGUGGUGAUCCACGCAAAUGCGACUGCCGAUACGUCGAUCAACUUUGACUACGUCGCCGAGUAUAUCAUGAUCUUCACCGUCGCGGAGCAAGGAGGGAAACUAGUGCUGACGAAAGUGAAGGAGUUCACUGAUUCGAAGUUCACCGCUGGAUUCAUCGGAGCCUUGCAAAAGGCUGCUGGAGGCGGGGCUCAGUAAAUACAUAGAAUUAAACAUACCCAGAUCCCAGUGUACGAGUAGUUGCAAAGCAUUAUGAAGUUGUCAUGCAAUC